GGAAAAGCAUGGUAUGGUUAUAGUUAUCUUUAAUUCAUGCAUUAUUCACUUAGGCUAUCUACCUCCGUUUAAUUCGACAUUUCCACACACUGUCAUGCAUGUAAAGACUUGCAGAAUGCCUUGGCCAGAACUGGAGUUUCUUCAGAGUUAUCGAGUCGCUGUGUUUGCAAUGAAAAUGUAUAAGACUGGUGAACCCUCGGUUUAAUUUCAUACAAUUGACUAAAAAGUAGAAUAUUUCAAUCACAAUAAUCACUUUCAAUAAUCAAAAAGGUUAAAAGUAUGAUUACUGUUUAUGACAACUGUAGUAGAAUGGGGCGGAGAAGUGUCAAAAACAUGAAUUAGGCUACGCACGCGAGUGCGCACUAAACCUGCGAAUUGAAGUCAAAUGGCUCUAAAUACUUCUGAAUUGUUUCUUGUGUUAUGGAUAGGUUAAGUGAACUUAUAUAAUAAGCACUUAAAACAAAUUUACAGUAAAGUAAGAGCUAAGCCAGGGACAUUUGUUAUAACUUCUGCUGCCACCACUUGUUUUCAAUUCCAAUCGUGUCUGUGAAUUUACAAGCCCCCAUAAAGUCAUAAAACACAAAAACACUUUCCCCACCCCAGUGAAGUAAAACAGCAACUCCAAAACACAAGACACCACAACUCGUUUACAAUUUUCUUGUAUUUUAAUGAAAGGCCUACUACAUUAUAACCAAGAUUACAGAUAGGCCUAUGAAAAUCUACAAUCGACUAAAUUGGCCUUUUGACAUUAUACGCAGUUAUUAACUUAGCAGAACAAACAAUCGAGAUGUUUAUUCGUGCAAAAUAUACUUGUAAGACAAUUAUUUCCAUCAAAAUGCUGCGCGUAAAAAACCCUUUUAUCCACAGUAGAAUAUAUAACAUUUACAAAGAAAUAUAGGCCUAUUACUACUUGACUUUGUUUCACACACAUACUCAUAUACAUACAUGUAUUAAUAUAUUAUAUCUUAAACAAAUAUACAGAAGAAUGCAAGAGCACAUACUUACAUAUGCAUAAGUCAUGCGGAACUCGGGGGACUAUGAGGUAGUUCCGGGAAAUAUGACAAAAAGUGACAGGCGAGUGUUUCCUCCCUGGUCUGUAUAAACAAAUCACAACUUUUUCUCCCUACAGUCAGACGCAUCUUCACUUGGAUUUCCGGUCAUAGUCCAUAUAUAUUGUGUAAUGUUCAAUGAAUUGGUAUCCAGUGUGUUGCUUCUCAUGCCAUUUGUAGACAACUUUUCUGCAGUGCAGUUUUGUCCACAGAAGUUACCAAGUCAGAGUACUUAAGCUGGCUUUACCUUGUUGUUUGUAAAGUUAUAAGGAGACCUGCAACGAGACAAAAAGCAAAAUGAGAAUUGGUUCAGAGGAACAGACAUUAAAGUGAGUUUUUACACAAUAAUAGCCCCAUAUCAUCAGAUCAUUAUGCUAAAGACUGAAAAAAAUGGCUUAUGGUAGUUAUUAUUCAUUAAUUAUUAACCGAGACUUAGACUGGCCCAUUUCUCUGUGUACUUUAACAAAUGGUCACACAAUGGACGUUUUCCGUUCACACAAAACUAAGCCAAACCAAAGGAAGCUCUGUGUCCUGGUUUGAAAGGGAACCAAAAUGAAAGUAAAAAUACACAGACUGCCGGCGCUAUUCUACAGACAACACUUGUAUGAGGACCGGACUUAUUUAUGGAACUGGCUAAUUUAUGAUUUUGUAAAUGCCAUUUGUAAAUGAAAAACAGAUCCAGACUUGACUUGACUUGUGGUAGAAAAGUCAGCGAAACAUGUAAAGCUUUACAACGCGUAAUGACCUUCCCAGUCAAUAAUUUUGAAAUAAAAACCGGUGCAUGAAAUGUGGUCAGGGCAGCAUGCAUGUAAAUACACACUCAGACUAGACACAUGCGGUAAUAAGGAACUUGUAUGAUACCGCAACGUAGGCCAGAGCCGUUCAACAAACAACCAAUGGUAACAUAUCGACUAAUGUACGGCAGCUAAUUUGCUCUAAACAUUUAUAAAAGCCAGGGCUCUCAAAAUAUUGUAUCAUAUUCAACUAAUAUAGGAAUAUUGUUUAGUGAAGGCAACUGUUGCAAAACCCAAAGCAAUUCUAAUGCGGAAUAUUCAAUAAAUUCCAAUAAAUAUAUUAAGCACGUGCAUGUUGAAAUAUACUUUAAGUAUAUUGUCAAAUACCCGGAUGGAAAUCGCUAUGGAAAUAAUGGUGAUGAUAAUGUGCUGUAAGAGGGGAGAGGACAUAUUUCAUCACAUAUCUACUGUACUGAGCGAAUAAAUCAGACGACCAAAAAUAUAAACACAAAAUAUUUCAAAUGCAGAAGAUAACUCAAACUCCCAUUGGUGCGUCUCUAUAUGAUUUACGUUUUCAAGCCCUUUUUAAUGUGGGGAUUAUUUGAAGGGUCAUAUUUGUUGUCUUGAGUGAGUAGAGCCUUUACCGUAUAUGGCUCACCAAAGACCAAAGAGAAGGGGGAGAAGUGUCUAUGUAUUCAAUUUACCACUUUAAAAUUCCAGUGUGAUUCGUAUUGUGCAAUCUCAUUGGGAGGAGAGAAAGGCGAAAGAGAUGGAAGAGAAAAAAUGCCUGCUCUCGGGUUUGCGCUGGGGUCCCCCGGCGCAUGCAAUCACAACCCCCCCCUCCAGGGUGCUAUUUUGCAGACACUAACGCACGCUAUUGGUCAGCGCCUGGUCAGAUGGUAUGGUUUCCCUCUGUCCCGCACUGGCACAUCGCCACCCAGCGCCCCCCCUCAACUAAAACCCAAUCUCCGAUAAACUACUAAUAGCUAAACCAGUUGGACUAUAAAACACAACAAAUCAUAAACCAAGGAAAAGAACCUGUACCCUCCCAAUGAGUUCCUAUUUUGUAAACUCAACUUUUCCAGUGACUCUGCCUGGAGGACAAGAGUCUUUCUUGGGACAGAUACCGUUAUACUCCUCCGGAUACACUGAUCCUUUAAGACACUAUCCUGGUGCUGCCUAUGGCGCUACCAGCGUUCAAGACAAGGCGUAUCCAUCCUCGUAUUACCAGCAGGCGAACGGUGCCUAUGGCCGGGCCAGCGCCGCCGGUGCAUGCGACUACGCAGCAGCCAGCUUUUACAGGGAAAAGGACCCCGCCUGCACCCUCGCCAGCAUAGAGGAACAUUCGCUCGUCCUGAGCCAAGACCAUCGCAAGACGGACUGCUCGGGGCAAAAUAAAAGCAUAUUCGGGGACAGCGAGGACCAGAAGCCCUCGACGCCCGUUUAUCCGUGGAUGCAGAGGAUGAACUCGUGUAACGGGACCUUCGGUAACCCCGGUCGAAGGGGUCGUCAGACGUACACCCGCUACCAGACGCUCGAGCUGGAGAAAGAGUUCCAUUUUAACAGGUACCUUACCCGGAGGCGCCGUAUCGAGAUUGCGCACGCACUGUGCCUAACAGAACGCCAGAUCAAAAUUUGGUUCCAGAACAGAAGGAUGAAGUGGAAAAAGGAGAAUAAACUGAUCAACUCCUCUCAGACCAGCGGAGAGGAGGAGGAAGAGAAGAGGUCAGAGUAAAGAAAAGAAGAAGACAAAAAAAAUCAUUAAAUGGCUUAUGGCAUCAUCUUCGGAUAUCCUACACAUAUGAAGAUACUACCUUCAUAUGUCCAAAGCUCCCACCAGUAAAGUUGUGUUUGGUAAAUUUGUUGUAGCAUUCCAGAAGUUCACUUAACUGUCUAUUUUUGUUAUUGUUAUUGUCAUUUGAUGUUUCUUUAAAAAAAAUCAUGUUUCUGGUAACUGAAUGACAGUGUUUUUGUGCGCUUGCCUCUUGAUUUCGGAUGUGGCCCCAAAAAAUGUUUGGUCAUGUGUAACGAAACUAUUUGAAAUAUAUGUCAUAUUCGUGUUCAUAUUUAAACUGUAUAGAAAUAAAAGGAAAUUCUCCUUGUAUGGUGAAUGAAUGUAUUUCUUUUGUAAGUUAAAUACCCAGCCAGAUCUAGUUGUUUUGUUGACUUGUUGUAUAGUUUCAUGGGGAGAACAUACUCGAUCUACUGAUAAUUGAAAAAUACCAAAAGACUGGGUCAAAAGUUUAUAUUUUAUGGAUUUUAUACGUGGUUUAUGUUUGUGGUUUUGUCACAAAUAGGUAUCUACUUACGAAAUCAUUCAAUAAAAUAUAAUAAUUAUUCAACCUG